AUGGAGUAUAUCGCACCUAAGGUUGUAGAUGGUGAAAUUGAAAUUGAAAUAGAGGAGAAAGAUAUUGAAUCAGAGCUACUCUAUUGGGAUUCGACGCUGAUUCUUUAUGCUCUUGGAGGAAAUAUCAGCAUGAAUAUGCUUAAACACUUCAUGGAACGUAUGUGGAGCUUUGUUCAACUGCCUGAAAUGGUGUAUCAUGAAGAAGGCUAUUUCGUCUUGAAAUUCAGAUCACAUAGCGACAAAGAUGAGGUGUUGAUGAAAGGUCCCUACACAUUGAGGAAUAUGCCACUUCUAAUCAGGGAUUGGACACCAGGGUUCAGUCUAAAGGAGGAUAUGCUGCGAACUUUUCCUAUUUGGGUGAAGUUACCUCAUCUGCCAUUGCAUCUAUGGGGAGUUAGGAGUCUUAAUAAGAUAGGAAGUGCUUUGGGAAACCUGCUGGUUACGGACGAGUGCACAGCUAGCAAAGCUCAAGUGUCUUAUACUCGGAUUUUGGUGGAAGUGGAUGUUUCUCAAGAGAUGAAAGAAGUGAUUACUAUUAAAGAUACUGAAGGUAAGAAGCUACAGCAAAUGGUUGAGUAUGAGUGGAAACCACUUUUUUGUGAUCAAUGUCAAAAGUUUGGGCACAAAUGCACACCAAAGAUUGUAAGAAAAUGGCAACCAAAGCCCCCAGAACAAGUGACAAAGCCAGUACAAGAACCUGAGAAUCCCCCAGCAAAGAAUGUAGUGACAACACCUAUGCAUGAGAAUCCCCCAGCACAAAAAAAUAAGUUAUAUAUUUAA